AACCGCCGAUAUAUUCGGAAGGUGGUUGUUUGGCUGUAUCUUUAGACUCAAACAAACAAGUAAUGUAUGUAUCCAUUCAUUACCUUUCUAACAACGACAGACGACGCGUCACGAUCAAGAGCUACUGGAUUUUGACUGGAGUCGGAAGAAGUUGUCUAUUCACUCUCUGGAUCUCCCUUUUUUAUACCGCAUCAAACUAUCAUGUCCUCUAAAUAUGGCAGUGUCACAGAUGCUAUUACCCCAACGUGUGCCACGAUAAAGCGCACUCCAUCACAUGCUAGUGCCUCAAGCACAUAUUCGACCCGGAAGCGAAGGCGGGUUUCCGUGGCUUCGCUUCACCUGGGACAAGAUUUUGCAGGACCAUUAGUACCGGAGACUCCAAUCGAGGAGAUAAACGGAGAUCGAUUUGUGACAGUCCGAACUUCAACGUCAUUACCAUUGAAUAUUACACCAAGAACAAAUCGUAUCGCCAAAUCAUUUGGUCUGCUCGACGACCGUGUGUUAAGUCCUACCAAAUCUCCCUCACUCUUUUCCGACCGUUGUUUUCGCUCGUUGCUUCGCCGAAGCGCUUCCGAAUUGUUUUCAACUUCGCGUGCUGCAUCUUCGCUCUCAGCAAAGGCCAAUUUAGGGGCCCGGAACCAUUUUGUACUAGCGCUCGAUGGACCUGGGAUGUCUACCGACAUUUUCGCCUCUCCAAUGGCAUGGUCACAUGUCAACUCCAUCGGAGUUGCUUUCAGAUAUGAUGUGUAUUUUCAGAACCUUGAAUCUCGGGCAGUAGUUCACCUAUAUCGUUCCUCGCUUUCACACGGGACGGUCCACAGUAUCGAUUGGGGUGGCAAAGCCAACCCUUAUCUCCUCGCGCUUGGGACGACAGUCGGUGAUGUCAUAGUUAUGGAUGCCGAGAAAACAAUGCAGCUUGCAGGUUGGAUCGACGGUGAUCAUGGCAUGGGAGGCAUGCACUGGAAUGGUGAUGUCCUUGCUGUCGGCAGGACCGGAGGCAAUGUGACCCUGUUCGAUAUCCGGAUGCGGGCUGAGAUAGCCAAGAUUAUGGGCCAUAAACGCAGAGUACAUGGUGUGAAAUGGUCGGUCGACGGACACCACCUAGCCACAGGAGAUGACAGUGGUAUUGUCCACAUAUGGGACCAUAGAGCAAGCAAUCUUCUAACGAACGGUGACAAAAAUAUCCGCAUGAAACACAAGGGUCCGGUCAAGGCCUUAUCAUGGAGUCCGUGGCAGCGUGGCCUGUUGGCAACUGGAGGAGGUUCCCCCGACGGUGAAAUACACAUUUGGAAUACCGGAAAGAUGACCCCAUCCUCUGACCCUAUCCAUACCAUCCCCUUACAGACGACUAUCACAUCUUUACACUGGUCCCUCCACUGCAAGGAACUCUUGAGCACUCACGGAUCUUCGUGGGCUGUACCCCAAAGUAAUGUACAUCCGGCGACUCAUGAAUCAGCCAUAGGUGUAGAAAACUCACUCGCCGUUCAUUCUUACCCCUCCUGCCAACGAGUUGUUAUCGUCAAAGCACACUCAGCUCCUGUGGGCCAUUCUUGUAUGGCCCCAGACGGGUGUUCUGUAUUUACUGUCAGUCCCAAGGAGGAGACCAUCAAGAUGUUUAGGGUCUGGUCCGCACCCGAUGACAAGGACAAGAAUGAAGGCAGUGACAUGACCUUCAAGUCUACCAUACGAUAAGGAUUGCAUGAUGUAUCACGCCGCCCGCAUGCUUCUAUAUUUUUGCAUGCAUAUCAGUGUUGAUGAUUUCCUGCUCUUCCUAAAUCUGCAUGAGUACUUAUUUGGAUACCUUGGAUCCACCUGGUCGGUGUCUUUGUGUCACCCUUCGCUCUGCCUUUAUUCGGACUGUCCAUAUGGUUUACCCCAGUACGUAUGAUGGAUGUGGUGAGUGUGUCCCGAAUGAAAUUAUCCUUCUACAACAAAUGCCUUUGCAUGGAUGUUAUUCGGUGAUUACUCCACAGGAU